AUGACAGAGCAAAGAGAUUAUUAUGAAAAUGAAAGAAAGUUUGCGCAGCUGGAAAAUGCUGUUUCAAAAAAUCUGAUGAACGCCUUACGAGCUAAGGAAGAAGAAUUGGAUAGCGAACUGAAUGCGAUACAAAAUCUAAACGACGAUGAUUUUGAAAAAAUCCAAUACAACCGCAAGAAGCGGCUAUUAGAAAAGUACAAACGAGACAAUCACUGGCGUAGUUUAGGUCACGGAGAGUUGACUGAGUGUACAAGCGAUACAGAUUUCUUUACAAUUUCGGAGAACAGUCCACUUUUGGUUGUGCAUUGUUUCAAAAACGACAUUGGCAUGGAGUAUUCGGAAUAUUUGAAUGUUAUAUUGGAAUCUCUGGCGAAGAAAAGGCUAGAUAUUAAAUUUAUUAAGCUGAACGUGGAGCGUCAUCCGUUUUUAGUGUCGACGUUGAACGUAUUUGUGAUUCCAACGGUGUUGUUGAUAAAACAGAUGAAAGUCAUUCAUCGUUUGGUUGGGUUUGAUGAGAUGGGCGGCAGCGUGGAUUUUUCCGAAGCUGACUUUAAUAAUUUGCUGAAUAGUUACAGGAUUAACGAGAAGUUCCUCACAGAAAAAAACUCAGACGAUGAUGAAGAUGCAUAG